AUGGAGUCUCAGCCUCAGCCUCAACCUCAGAGUGAAACUCGUGCUCCGGCUCAGAACAUCCCUUCCAUGCCCACCAGAGCCACAGAGGAGGAUGUCCAGGCUAUCUUGAAAGGACCAGCGUUGAACCAUCUGGCACCUGUUCCUGGUGGCAAAUGGAGAGUGCUCAGUCGAACGACGAACGCAAUAGAGGUCGCGUACGUUGUUAACCACACCCAAAUCUUGGCCAUGACUGUCCAACUUGGUGCCAACCCCGCUCUGGUCGCUGAUCAAUGUUGGCAACAUGUUUACGGCUAUCCUACAGGUGUAGCUUCACUCGUCGAUGGCGCUCUGCAAGAGUGGGAACCACCUGUUUCGAAUGUUGGAAACCGUGCUGAAGAGAUGGAGUCUCUUACCCAGAUGUACAACCAGGUACUGGACGCGAAUAGCAUCAUGGCGACAGGUACUAUCGCUCGUCAAUCUGACACAUCGCCGACGUCUCUCGAUGUCUCGCUCUCUGAGCCUGAUCAUUUUCCUACUUCCACUGUCGACCAUGAGCAGCCUUACAGUCAGGCUCAGAUACACGUUCCGGUGGUGACUCAGGCGGGGUCGUUCCAGCAGGUGCAGGUCAUGAACAUGUCUGGACAUGGCACAAGUGUAGUCCCCGCGUUCCAGGACAUGGCCGACUCGAUGCAGGCUACCCUUCCAUUCAUGUCUCAUGACGGACAUGUCAACGAACCUGAUGACAACCCUCGUUGGGACUCUUUUACCCAGAAUACUUGA